AUGGGUCUCGCAUCGAAUAUCGUCUACUUCACCUUUCAUCCCUCGCAAUUGAGGUCGAUUCUGCAAUGGAAGAUCUGGCACUCCCCUGUUCAUGAACGCAAUGAGAAGCAAGAGACUGAGACUCAGAAGGCCUGCUUCAAAUUCCUCGACCUGACCAGUCGGAGCUUCAGCGCGGUCAUCAAGGAACUGCAUCCCGAGCUGCUGCUGCCCGUCUGCGUCUUCUACCUCGCCCUUCGUGGUCUGGACACCAUCGAGGAUGACACGUCAAUCCCCUUGGAAACAAAGGAGCCCCUGCUUCGUGGGUUUAAGGACUUCCUAGAGCAGGACGGCUGGACGUUUACUGGCAACCGCCCCGAGGAGAAGGACCGUGAGCUGCUGGUUCAGUUUCACAACGUCAUCACGGAGUUCAAGAACAUGAAGCCGGCCUACCAGAUUAUCAUCAAGGACAUCACCGAUCGGAUGGGUAACGGCAUGGCCGACUACUGUCGCAAGGCAGCCUUCGAGGAUGCCAGCGUGGUCACCAAGGAGGAAUAUGAUCUCUAUUGCUACUACGUCGCGGGCUUGGUCGGUGAAGGACUGACGCGCCUCUUCGUCGAGGCCGAGUUUGGUAACCCCGCCCUGCUGGAGCGUAAGCGCCUGCACAAGUCCAUGGGACUGUUUUUGCAGAAGACAAACAUCAUCAGAGACAUCCGAGAGGACGAAGAUGAUGGACGUCGGUUCUGGCCCAAAGAGAUUUGGUCCAAGCACGUCAACGAGUUUGAAGAUUUGUUCAAGCCUGAGCACCGUGAAGCUGCACUAAACUGCAGCUCCGAGAUGGUAUUGAACGCUUUGGAGCAUGUCGAGGACUGCCUGUUCUACCUGGCUGGACUACGUGAGCAGAGUGUGUUCAACUUCUGCGCCAUUCCGCAGUCCAUGGCUAUUGCCACGUUGGAGCUCUGCUUCCGCAACCCAGCGAUCUUCGAGCGUAACAUCAAGAUCACCAAGGGUGAUGCCUGCCACUUGAUGAUGGAGUCGACGCAGAACCUGCGCAUUCUCAGUUCGACCUUCCGCACGUAUGCCCGGAAGAUUCACAAGAAGAACACGCCCAAGGAUCCUAACUUUCUCAAGAUUAGCCUGGUUUGUGGAAGGAUUGAAAAAUGGAUCGAGACCAUCUUCCCCACCCAGAAUGCCGAAGCUGCCCAGCGUCGUGUCACUGGCGAGAAGACGGAGCUGGAGAAGAAGCAGGCUGAGGAGCAUGCUGAGACGCGUAAGGAUAUGUACUUUAUGAUGGGUCUCAUGGUGGUGAUUGUGUUCAUCGUCUCGAUUGUGAUGAUUUUCACGGCCUGGCUACUGGGUGCGCGGUUCGAUUUGGCGUGGCAGGAGUUGCGCUCAGGCAACUUCCGGCCGCCGCCGCACUUGCGCGAGAAGCGAGAGCUAUAG